AUGCCGUCUCUACUGGUCGUCAUCUUUGCCGUCGAGCUGUUCGUCCAGCUUGUCAACACAAUCGGCGCGGCCACCAUCAACAACCUCUUGUGGCGCAUUGCCCUGUCGCUCCCGAUUCCCCUCUCGUCCGAGUUCGCGGCCCAGCGCAAGAAGCAGAAGGAUUAUCUCGCAGUCCGCCGCGAGCUGAACGCAACGAGCAGUCAGGACGAGUUCGCCAAGUGGGCGCGUCUUCGCCGCCAGCAUGACAAGCUGCUAGAGGAUCUGGAGAAGAGGAAGAAGGAUCUCGACGGCUCCAAGACCAAGUUCGAUCGCACGCUCACGACGGUGCGCGUGGUGGCUACCAGGGGUGUGCAGUGGUUCUUGCCUUUCUGGUACUCGCGCGAGCCCAUGUUCUGGCUGCCGUAUGGCUGGUUCCCCUACUACGUCGAAUGGUUCGCCUCGUUCCCUCGCGCGCCGCUGGGCAGCGUCAGCAUUGUGGUGUGGCAGUGGGCGUGCACUGGCGUGCUCACGCUUGUCAUGGAGACGUUCAUGGCGGUUUUCGGCUUGAUUGUCGCUACCAGACAGAAGCAGCAGGAGAAACAGAACGUGAAGCAGGCGGUGCCUGCGGCGGGAGCCAGGGAGGACAGCAAGGCCGAGGCCAAGUGA